GCCAGGCACAGGAUGCAUGCACCGAGCACCAGAGCAAAGAUGUCCAGCAUCUUUGCCUAUCAGAGCUCUGAGGUGGAUUGGUGCGAGAGUAAUUUCCAGCACUCGGAAUUGGUGGCCGAGUUCUACAAUACGUUCAGCAAUGUGUUCUUCCUCAUCUUUGGACCUCUCAUGAUGUUCCUCAUGCGCCCUUACGCCCAGCAGCGUUCCCGAGGUAUUUAUGGAGUGUCAGCCCUCUUCAUGGUCAUAGGUCUCUUCUCCAUGUAUUUCCACAUGACACUCAGCUUUGUGGGGCAGCUGCUGGAUGAGAUCUCCAUCCUGUGGUUGCUGGCUAGUGCAUACUGCGUGUGGCUGCCCCGUUGCUACUUCCCCAAGUUCGUCAAGGGAAGCAGGUUCUACUUCAGCUGUCUGGUAAUCAUGACCACUAUUAUCAGCACCUUCUUGACGUUCCUGAAGCCUACAAUCAAUGCAUACGCCCUCAACAGCGUUGCCAUACACAUCUUCUACAUUGUGCGGAAAGAGUACAAGAAGAUUAGGGAUGAAGAUCUUCGGCAUAUGAUUGCGAUUUCUGUGAUCUUGUGGGCCGCUGCCCUGACCAGCUGGAUCAGUGACCGUGUACUUUGCAGUUUCUGGCAGCGGAUUCACUUCUCCUAUCUGCAUAGCAUUUGGCAUGUCCUCAUAAGCAUCACUUUCCCUUAUGGUAUCGUGUCCAUGGCCCUGGUGGAUGCCAAGUAUGAGAUGCCAGAUAAAACCCUCAAAGUCCACUACUGGCCCCGGGACAGCUGGCUCAUCGGGCUACCCUAUGUGGAGAUCCAGGAGAAUGACAAGAACUGCUGAGCUCUGCUGUAGUCUCUGCUCUCCGACCAGCCACCCAGCCUCCUGUGUUCUGGGGACACAGGGCAGGAUCAGGCUUUCAGCGGGCACACUUACAGGCCUGAUACCCAUGCUCCUUGUCCUGCUCUGUUGGCACAGAAUGGACUUACUUGUAGCUCAGGGUACUACUUUGGUGACAGUACCCUGGGCAGGGGCUGUCUGGUGUGUGGAAUGACUGUCAUGUGUCCUACUUCUGCCUAUGAGACCACAGCUUCUCCAUGGCCACUGAUGUGGUGGGUGGAUGGGUGUGUGGCUGAUACACCACCUGCUUGAAGCA